GGCGGGGCGCAGCGCGGUGACGUCUCUCUGGUGAACUCUGAACGCGAGAGACACAGUCGUGCAAAAGCGCGUUGAAUUUUCACUCGAUCCGGAUCAAAACGCGAUAAACGAAGCGAGACAGCCGUCAGUGUGCUCGUGUUUAACCACAAUACGAGCGGAGCGAUGGUUAACCGAGAGUUUGUGUGGUAAACAACUGCUCUGCACUGACAGCGAACAGCCACAAGGUACCAAGUUGAAGGGCGCCGUGUGUCAAUCACUCUCAAGCCCCGCCCAUCAUGACGGAGGUCAGCGUGGUGAAGGAAGGCUGGCUCUAUAAACGAGGUGAGUACAUCAAGACCUGGAGGCCGCGCUACUUCAUCCUGAAGAGUGACGGAUCCUUCAUGGGCUAUAAGGAGAAGCCGGAGCUGACGGAUCAGAGCUCUGCUCCGCUCAAUAACUUCUCUGUGGAAGAGUGUCAGCUGAUGAAGACCGAGCGUCCACGGCCAAACACCUUCAUGAUCCGCUGCCUGCAGUGGACAAGCGUCAUCGAGAGAACCUUCCACGUGGAGAGCAGCGAGGAGAGGGACGAGUGGAUGCGUGCGAUCCAGGCCGUGGCCAAUGGGCUGCAGGCGCGGGAAGCGGACGAACCAAUGGAGAUCAAGUACAGCUCUCCCGGUGACGUCUGCGGUCUGGAGGACAUGGAGGUGUCUCUGUCCAAAUCCAGCUCUAGAGUGACGAUGAAUGACUUCGAUUACCUGAAGCUGCUGGGUAAAGGCACGUUUGGGAAGGUGAUUCUGGUGCGAGAGAAAGCCUCGGGGGUGUACUACGCCAUGAAGAUCCUGCGGAAGGAAGUCAUCAUCGCUAAGGAUGAAGUGGCACAUACGGUCACAGAGAGUCGAGUGCUGCAGAACACCAGACACCCGUUCCUGACGACUCUUAAAUAUGCCUUCCAGACCCCUGACCGGCUGUGUUUUGUGAUGGAGUAUGCUAACGGAGGAGAGCUGUUCUUCCAUCUGUCCCGUGAGCGUGUCUUCUCUGAGGACAGAGCGCGCUUCUACGGCGCUGAGAUCGUCUCCGCUCUCGACUAUCUGCAUUCACAGAACGUCGUCUACAGGGACCUGAAGCUGGAGAACCUCAUGCUGGAUAAAGACGGACAUAUGAAGAUCACAGACUUUGGUCUCUGUAAGGAGGGAAUCACAGAUGAGGCCACCAUGAGAACGUUCUGUGGAACCCCAGAAUACCUUGCACCAGAGGUACUCAACAACACACACGCUCGGGGGCCCAGCAGGGGCCUCACGAUGAUAAUGGCAUCAGAGACACUCGGUGACCUGAAGGUCCUGAUGGAUCAUCAUGUUUAA